ACCCCCUCCCAGGACCGCUCCUGAUUCGGUGGGACCCGCUGACAGCGCGAAUCUUUCCUAGAUCAGCCCUCACCUGGAUAUAACUCCGCCGGGACGCCGCCGCGAUGACAACUCUGGCUGGAGCUGUCCCCAGGAUGAUGCGACCCGGGGCCGGGCAGAACUACCCCCGCAGCGGGUUCCCGCUGGAAGUCUCUACUCCUCUAGGCCAGGGCAGAGUCAAUCAGCUCGGAGGAGUGUUUAUCAAUGGCAGGCCUUUACCCAACCAUAUCCGACACAAGAUAGUGGAAAUGGCCCACCAUGGCAUAAGGCCCUGUGUCAUCUCUCGCCAGCUGCGAGUGUCCCACGGCUGCGUCUCCAAAAUUCUCUGCAGGUACCAGGAGACGGGCUCCAUCCGGCCGGGGGCCAUCGGUGGCAGCAAGCCCAAGCAGGUGACGACGCCGGAUGUUGAGAAGAAAAUCGAGGAAUACAAGCGGGAAAACGCGGGCAUGUUCAGCUGGGAAAUCCGGGACAAGCUGCUGAAGGACGGGGUGUGUGAUCGCAACACGGUGCCGUCAGUGAGCUCCAUCAGCCGCAUCCUGCGGAGCAAGUUUGGAAAAGGAGAAGAAGAGGAGGCUGAGUUGGAAAGAAAGGAGGUGGAGGAAGGUGACAAGAAGGCCAAACACAGCAUUGACGGCAUCCUCAGCGAACGAGCAUCAGCAUCCCAGUCUGACGAAGGCUCUGACAUUGAUUCUGAACCAGAUUUACCUUUGAAAAGAAAGCAACGUCGUAGCAGGACAACCUUCACAGCAGAGCAACUGGAAGAGCUGGAAAGAGCUUUUGAGAGGACACACUACCCUGACAUUUAUACCCGGGAAGAACUUGCACAAAGAGCCAAACUCACAGAGGCUCGUGUCCAGGUCUGGUUUAGUAACCGCCGUGCUAGAUGGAGGAAACAGGCAGGUGCCAACCAACUGAUGGCUUUCAACCAUCUGAUCCCAGGAGGAUUUCCACCCAGUGCCAUGCCAACUCUGCCAACCUACCAGCUCUCCGAGCCCUCCUACCAACCCACCUCCAUACCCCAAGCUGUGUCUGAUCCAAGCAGCACGGUCCAUAGACCUCAGCCUCUCCCUCCCAGCACUGUACACCAAAGCAGCCUCCCUUCAAACCCAGAGAGCAGCUCUGCCUAUUGCCUACCCAGCACCAGGCAUGGAUUUUCCAGCUAUACAGACAGCUUUGUGCCUCCGUCCGGGCCCUCAAAUCCCAUGAACCCUGCCAUUGGCAAUGGCCUUUCACCUCAGGUAAUGGGACUCCUGACUAACCAUGGUGGUGUGCCACACCAGCCCCAAACUGAUUAUGCCCUGUCCCCUUUAACUGGGGGCCUGGAGCCCACCACCACGGUGUCAGCCAGCUGCAGCCAGCGGUUGGAUCACAUGAAGAGCUUAGACAGCCUGCCCACAUCCCAGUCCUACUGCCCACCCACCUACAGCACCACGGGCUACAGCAUGGACCCUGUCACUGGCUACCAGUAUGGACAGUAUGGACAAAGUGCCUUUCAUUAUCUGAAGCCAGAUAUUGCAUAAAUGAACUGUCCACUUCAAGUGAAAGCUGGUCUUGUUUUCCGGUCUCACUCCAAGGCUUGGAUACGAGGGAUCUUCUCAACACACUGCAG